GAGUAUGUUAUUAUAUAUAGUAAGAGCAAACAAACAAACGCAAAAGUAUAUAGCAAACGAGAGGUUACAGAACAGCAAACAAACAAAAGAAAAUAAAAACGGGAAGGAGAGCGGCAAGCAAAACAACAAAAAGGGAUUAGUAAAGAUGAGAAGAAGAAGAAGAAAAACAAAAAAACACACACGAUUAAAGCUAGUUACAAUAUAUCAUUCCGAAUAAGAGAAAUUGUGGUUCGUGUGGGCAAACAAAACUACACUGCAAAGAAAUUACCAACAAAAUUCAACCGUGUUUUGCUAACGACCUGUCAAACGAACCUGUCACAACACGCGUUGAAAAAUCAAGGCGCGUGUUGUGUGUGGGCACAACAUAACAACACCGCUACACCGUGUUGCGAGAAAAAGAAGCGCGUGUUUUUCAUCUAUACCACGCGCCACCAUCUCACGCCCACUGCACUUUCCACGAUGGAAACCACAGCUGGUCCAGAGCUGGCUGAAGUGAAGCACGAAACAGAUAAUGGUGUCGUAAAACCGACCACCAGCAAUACACCGCCUACCAGUGCUACCAAAAAGCCACCCCAGAAAAGGAAGAAACCGACCGCCUCACCACAGCCCCUGCCGGGUACCGAUGUAUCGGCGGCGGGCACUAAAACGAAACCAGACAGUGAGCACGGUACGACGGCGAAUGGUGAACAAUUGCCGGUACCGGGCUCGUCCCACGAUGACCCUGUACCCAGCGCUAAAAAGCAGAAGAAAAAACAACCCGAAGAAGGCAAGAAACAGAAAACGCCCGCCAAACAGGUACGGUUUCAUAUCAAGCUAUAUUCGACACCGAAACAACCGACCGCCAGCACGACGGUGGGCAUUGCGAAGAAAAAGAAAGCCAAACUGCAGCAGCAAACGACAGGGUCGGAACAGCACAAGCAGCAAAACGGAACCGCAGCAGAGCCGGCAAAGAAAUCGUCGAAAAAAAAUCGCCCAGCCAAGGCGGUGAAUGGUUCGGUCGGUUUACCACCGACCAGUGUCGUGACCCCGUUGAAGCGCGUUACGCAGAUAAAGCAGGAACCAAAGACACCGAUCAGAACGAGCACCACCGGCACGGCCCUGCACGAGCUGGACAGUGUAACGAUCGGGCGGCAAACGUUCGCUUGGAUGAUCGGUCCCGGCACCACGGUGGAAGAAUUCAUGCGCACGCACUGGGAACGGAAGCCGCUGCUGGUGCAGCGCAACGAACGUACGUACUAUGACGGCCUGCUGUCCCGUGCCAUGAUUGACGAGAUGCUGCGUACGAACAACAUCGAGUACACGAAGAACAUCGACAUCACGUCUUACCGGGAUGGGCAGCGCGAAACGCACAAUCCAGACGGGCGUGUGCUUCCGCCGGACCUGUGGCACUUUUACGGUACCGGGUGCAGCGUCCGUAUGCUUAAUCCCCAGACCUACCUGCGCUCGGUGUACGAGCUAAACGUGAAGCUGCAGGAAUACUUCCACUGCAUGACGGGGGCUAACUUUUAUUUGACACCGCCCGGCAGUCAGGGUUUCGCGCCACACUACGAUGACAUCGAAGCGUUCGUGCUGCAGAUCGAGGGCCGGAAGCGGUGGCGAUUGUACGGACCGCGCCAACCGCAGGAAGUGUUGGCGCGCGUAUCCUCCGACAAUCUGAGCCAGGACGAGCUGAGCGGUCCACCGAUCGUGGACGUGGUGCUAGAGGCGGGCGAUCUGCUGUACUUUCCGCGCGGCUGCAUCCAUCAGGCGGCCACCGUACCGGGUGCCCACUCGCUGCACAUUACCGUGAGCAUGUACCAGCGCAACUGCUGGGCGGAUCUGUUCGAACAGAUGAUGCCGAUCGCGCUGGCGACUGCGGCCGACGAGGAGCCGCUGUUGCGCGAAGGAUUACCGCUGGACCUGCAUCAACACUUUGGCAUCGUGCAUUCGGACGGCAUGAGCGCGGAACGGAGACGGUUGAUCGUGCGCAUUCGCACCAUGUUCGACAAGCUGUUCUCGGAUGCAGCGAUCGAUGCGGCUGUCGAUCAGCUGGCAAAACGGUUCCAGCAUGACGCGUUGCCCCCGUUGGUCGAUUUUGGCGAGUGGGAUGACACGGUGUACGGUGCAGGGAACUAUGAGUUCCGGCCAGACGGAACGGUACAGUGUGCGAGACCAAUCGAUGAUCGGUCCUCGGUACGAUUACUUCGCCGCAAUAUACUGCGGCUGGUGAGCGAGGAGGAGAAGCUACGCAUCUACUACCACACGGACAACUCCCGCGAGUACCAUCAGUACGAGGCGAACUUCCUGGAGCUCGAUCACGAGACGGCGCUCGGGGUGGAGUUGCUAAUCAAGAUGUAUCCGAGGUAUGUGCUGGUCAGCAGCCUGCCGGUGGAGGAUCGGCUCGAGUUUAUUCGAAGCCUUUGGGAGAAGGGUUUGAUCGUUUGCCGGCGACCUGGCGCUGAUGGGAACGAGGGCACGGCCGCUUCCACAUCGUAAGCAUCGUGUAACAAUCGCUACAAGUGAACAAUGCUUGGAAUUAGAGGUUGGAUUUCAUACACACAGUCAUAAGAAAUCGCGUUUUCAAUUCCUUUAUUUUUUUUUCAUAUAUUUUUUUGUUCCUUUCUGAAGGGCACACAGAAAUAAAAUGUAAUAUUUCAAAAGUCCA